CCCGCGAUUCGGCGCCUGCUGGGGCUGCAUCGAGCCUGUCGACGCCAGUUUAAGCUCGAUCUCGCGACUACCCUUAAUAAUAGCCGCGCUGCCGGAGCAGAAUAAAUCACACAGAGAGAGCGGCCCUUUGUCAAUGGACGCGUGAGCAGCUAGCGGGGGUGUAUUCGAAAAAAGCAUGGAGGCCAGGCCCUCGAUCCCGCGGCCGACGAGGCGACGGCGGGGAGUAGCUUUCAUCGGUGCCGCGGCCCGGCGGAAAUGAGGAGCGAGUCGAGCGAGCGGAGAACUGGCCAAGCCGACGAGGACGUUGUAUAGAGCAUCGCAGCGGACGAGGAGGAACGACUCGAUCACGAUAGCUGCUGCAGGAGAGAUGGUAGAGGGUCUUCCAGAGGCGCAGAGACGCCGCCGUCGACGACUGCACUCGUCGUCUUAGGCGAGAGGGAGAGAGAGAGAGAGAGAGAAAGAGAGAGAGGAAAAUAUAAGGAGCCGGAGCAGGAGACAUGUCACUGCAGCACAGAUAUUACGUGACAACAGUACCGGACGAGGCCGAGGACGGCUUUAAAGUCCCGAGAGCUACAGUCGUGCACAUGGCGUCGACGGCGACCCGACCGCAGCACAUGUCCCAGGUCCUGGCGACGCUGGCACUCUCGAUGGGAACGCUGUCGUCGGGCCUGGCCAAAGGCUACACCUCGCCGGCUCUCGACUCCAUAAUACUAGACAAUCAAACGCCCAGCCUCUACCAAUUGAAUAACAACGGCACUUGGACGGCGUUCUCGGUAACGCUGCAGGAGGCCUCGUGGGUAGCCUCGCUGUCGAUGCUGGGCGCCUGGUUCGGCGCGAUGAUCGGCGACUGGAUAAUGCGCAAGGGCCGCAGGCUGGCCCUCCGACUGACCUCGCUGCCGCUCGCCGCCGCCUGGGUGCUCACGGGCGUGGCGCCCUGCCUCGAGCUCAUCUACACGACCAGCUUCAUCGGCGGCCUCUGCUGCUCCGUCAUCACGAUGGUCGCUCAGGUGUACAUCUCGGAGAUCUCGGUGCCGGGCAUCCGCGGCUGCCUGUCGGCGAUGCUGAAGGUGCUGGGCCACGUGGGUGUGCUGCUGUCGUACAUCGCGGGCUCCUACCUCAACUGGCGGCAGAGCGCGCUCCUCGUGGCGAUAGCCCCGUCGAUGCUCUUCCUGGGCACCCUCUGCAUCCCCGAGACGCCCUCUUACCUCGUGCUCAACGGCAAGGACGAGGAGGCGGCGAGCAGUCUCCAGUGGCUCCGCGGCUCCCACGUCGACAUCAGGCACGAGCUUCAAGUGAUAAAGACGAACAUCCUGGCCUCGAGGGCCAAGCAGUACGGCCUGACGUUCAAGAGCAGUAUGCUGGCGCCCCGGCUCUACAAGCCGAUCGGCAUCACCUGCGGACUCAUGUUCUUCCAGCGCUUCUCCGGGGCGAACGCCUUCAACUACUACGCAGUCAACAUCUUCCGGCAGACCCUCGGGGGCAUGAACCCCCACGGCGCCACCAUUGCCAUCGGCUUCGUCCAGCUGCUGGCCUCGCUCCUCUCGGGCUUCCUCAUCGACAUAGUGGGCCGGCUGCCGCUGCUGAUCGCCAGCACGGUCUUCAUGUCGCUGGCCCUGGCUGGUUUCGGCAGCUACGCCUACUACAACUCGAUGUCGCAAAUGCAGAGCAUACCCGCCUCGUCGUACGCGGCCGAGGCGGCGGCCAGCGUGUCCGGCCAACACGACUGGAUACCCCUCCUCUGCGUCCUCGUGUUCACUACCGCUCUGGCUCUCGGUAUCUCGCCCAUAUCCUGGCUCCUCAUCGGCGAGCUCUUCCCCCUCGAGUACCGGGGACUCGGCUCCAGCAUCAGCACGAGCUUCAGCUACUUCUGCGCCUUCGUCGCCAUCAAGCUCUACAUGGACUUUCAGGAGACGCUGGGCCUACACGGAGCCUUCUGGUUCUACGCGGCCGUGGCGGUCUGCGGGCUGUGCUUCGUCGUCUGCUGCGUGCCCGAGACCAAGGGCAAGCAGCUGGACGAGAUGAACCCGGACUACGCGCAAGCCCGGUAGUAUAAGGCCUCCCUCACGGGAGGGCUCUCGAACCUCGAGAAGACGAACAAGCCGCUGCCGGGCGGCGCCUACCCGAACCCGCACGACCCGCGCGACCUCUACGCCGCUGGCCCGAGUCGGCCCUCCUACCUCGGACCCGGCCCCGCCAGCCAGCAGCACCAGCAGCAGCACCAGGUCCUCGUCUUCCCGGGCGGGCUGCCCUCCAGCUACGGCCAGGGCGUCCGGCCCACGAGCCUCGACUGCACCGGACUCCUGCCCCGGCGCCGGCUCGCCGACUACUGCAGCGCCUUCGCCGAGAAGACGAGCCGCGUCGCGCGCAACGUCCGCGGCAAGCUGUCCGGCUGGAGGCUGCCCCGCGGCUGCCCCAGCCGACACAGCGUCCUGCAGAGCUUCCAUCAGAGCCAGCAGCCGCAGUACCAGGUCUACAGCGAGCCGGCCGAGCUGCUGCUGCUCGACCGGCAGCGCAUGAUGCACUCCUACGGCAUGAACUACGAGCAGGGCGAGCGCUACGAGGAGCUGGCCAGCCGCGGACCCGCCGGCAGCGCCUACAGCCGCGACAUCAUCCGCAGCCUCGAGGAGCUCGAGCUGAACCGCAUCGAGCGCCGCCGACCACCCGGGCCCAGCAUCCACGAGUCUCACCAACAGCUCCACCGCAGCCACCAGCUGCCCUACAACGCCCACCUCUCGAGCUCCUGGUCGAGCGAGCGGCCCUACGCCACCCUGCCCAAGCGCGGCCGGCAGCAGCACUACUCGGCCGCCAACCUGCAGCCGAGCCGCACCGUCAGGCUGGAGGAGCAGUUCCUGCCGCGGGACCUGCAGCGCCUCAGCCGCUACCCCAAGAGCCUGCAGGACCUCAAGUACCUGGAGAUCGAGGCUAUCCUCGAGAGGGACCCCCGGCCCUCGACCCGCAGCGGCCGCGAGGACCUCAGCUGCUGCCUCGACGAGCGACCGCCGCCUAGGAGCCGGGCCGAGCGACAGCGCGACUGGCUCAGCAUGGAGACGGCCCAGGAGCAGCUCUUCCUCGAGGGCCUCGCCGGCGGCAGCCAGAUCGAGAGGUACGAGCCCGGCAAGGUGCACUACGAGCGCGAGUACCGGAUCUACGGCAAGGACACGGUCGCCCUCAUCUUCUACAAGACCUGCUACCUGUGAUCGCCCGGUACACACGUUACGCUUCGACGGCAGAUGCUGCGGAAAGCCGUCCGAAAUCUCCUCGAAAUCAACACACACACACACCCGCGCGAGAUAUCACACGAACGAUAUGAUGCUUAGAAAGGCAGAACUUCCAUGCAUCGUGCCUUCCUUGGAAUUCACGACAAUACAACCUAUAUAAAGUAACGAUACAUAGAAAAAAAAUCCGUUUCGCGAAACUAUUUCUAAGAGCGAGCGAGAGAGGAUCACUGUUGUAUAAGGCAAUUGCGAAAGUCUUGCCGUCCUUCGCUUGUAGAGCGCGACAAUGCUUUGGUGAUGACGCGGAUGUAUGAUGAUGAUGAUGAUGAUGAUGAAGACUACCAGGGACCUUAACGUUUUAAAUCGCGACGCGCCUCUGUAACUAAUCGGAAAUGGGAAAACGGUAAAACGAAAUGUAUAUCUCAACUUCGUAUACUUAUUCUUCUGUAGCUGCGUAGACGCGUUCUCUCGAGGCAGAGUCUUUUCUUUCACGCAAUAUACGUAUACAUUACGACCGAGACGGGGCCUGGAUUACACAUUGUCGCAUCAUCGUUUCCCGACACUCGUCGAUCCCGCGAGAGCAAAUUGUAUUUUUCACCUUAAUUUAGAGGAGACUAUAAUUAUCGUAUAAGUAAUGUAUAAAUCGAACUCUCGAUCGACUUUUCUUUUUCGUUUCACGUACACGACUCGGGCCUCGUCGUAAUUCGCCCGACAGACGCGGGCCAAACAGACUUAAAUCACGACAAUAUCGAUUGUAGAUACAAAAAAAAUUAUAUAUAUACAUAUUAUAUAUAUAUAUUUCAUACAUAUACAAUAGAAAGUUAAGUGUACAUUGUCUACGACGGUAUAUAUUGUACAUUCAUUUAUCGAGAGACAAGAAAAGGUAACUAAUACUUACAUUUAAGGGGACACUUCGACAAUACAAAUAGAGGGUAUUGCCAAACAAAA